AUUGAAACUCCUUGGACACCGAUGCCCAAAAGGAAGCCAAAAAAAUAAAGCCUUUCCCAUAGACCUUCAAAAUCUUCAUAUUUAUUUUCGAAAAUCCUCACGUUACUCUCCUUCCAAAUGCCAUAAUGUAGCAAAGAAGACACUACGUCAAAUGGUCUUCCAUUUACUAUUAUUCCCAAAGCCCACAUCUUCCAAGCAAAACAGAGAUACCAUAGCAACCUACGCAACUCCCAUAAAGUCAAAAAGUUUAUUCCAUAAUGCAUACACUAAAGGACAAUGCCAAAAUAAGUGAUCCACACUCUCACUAUCGCCAAUACACAUAACACAACAUCGUGGUUGAAGACAAAGUAUAGGUCUUAUCUUUUGAAGCACUUUAUUUGUACUGAUCUUACCAUGAGAAAUUAUCCAUGCAAACAUUUGUACCUUUAAAGACACUUUCUCCCUCCAAAUAUUCAAUGAUGGAUAAAAUAGUGGAAGCGAAGGAUGAAAAACUUGAUUGCUGCCUAAAUGAUUACCAUCUCCUUCUUCUCCUUGCCAUUUUGUGGGGGGUUUCAAGUUUUACAUGAAUCAGGUAAGUUUCUUUUUUUUUUUCCUGAAGAAUUUGUCCUGCUUCAAAAUAACGUUGGAGAUGUAAUCUUAGUAAUGAUCUGUAGUUACUCUUCGACAGUGAUAAAGGCCCCUGGGACGGAUGUCCUGAAGGUUUCAUUGAGUAAACCAAGUGAGAUUUCUAAUGGCGUCUCAGUAUGGGAGUGGUCGGGUUCUGCAUUCGAUGAGGGAGCUGAAGCAUCAAAAUGGUUCUCUUAUUAUCUUGGGAAACCGAGUCGGCUAGUGCGUUUCAAUGAAGUGUCAGAAACCAGGACCGUGGACCGUAAUUAUGCUCGUGGAUACAAAGUCAUGUUUUCUGACGGGUAUCCGCUCCUCCUACUAUCCCAGGGAUCAUUGGAUGCACUGAACAAGCAUCUCAAGGAUCCUUUACCAGUUAACCGUUUUAGGCCAAACAUCCUUGUUGAUGGUUGUGAACCAUUUUCUGAGGACUUGUGGAAGGAGAUGAGGAUAAACAAGUUAACAUUCCAUGGUGUCAAGCUAUGUUCCCGCAGUAAGGUAAAAAAUUAUUCCUCUGCAUCUUCCGCCUGGAUUAUUGUAGUUGGCGUGGUAUCUGGAGACUGUGAAUCAGUUAAAAGGAUUGCUGCAUUCUUUUGUAAUUUAGUGUUCAUGUUGCCAAAUCAUUUAAAAAUAAUAUGGAAUUUUACAGUGAUGUCAACAAGGAAAAUAACAUUUCCGUUGUGCAAAUGA